UUGAAAAAAGAAAAAAGAAAAAAGCCUGCGCUGCGGAAGGAAACGGAAGGAGUCUACAAGCUUGUACUUGUAACCAACACACACAAACUAAAAAAAAAAAAAAAAAGGGGGAGUUUUCUCUACUCUUUUAUAUAUAUCUCUAUCUCUCUCUUCUGCAGAUCUCAUGAAACGCUGAUUGCUUGAUUGGGCUCUCCUCGCUCUUUGAUAGAUAUCAUAUAUAUAUAUCUGGCUUUGUGGACCUAGUAGUGGUGCGUGCGUGCGUGGUUUCGUCAAUUCUUAGGGGUUUUCGGUUUGCCUCUCCAAUUGUAACAGUCUCUUCACUUAUGGCCCCUGAAGAUCCCGACUAUGAGAGUGAUCCCGAGGAAUUGAACCGCUCCUUGGCUACACGUAGGAGAGUAGCUAGCGACGAUGAGGAUGAUGCCCUCAAUCACAACCUGGUCGCUAAUCCUAUUGAUUCCGAUCUUUCCGAUGAUCAACAGAGUGCUUUUCUCGACUCUGAUCAUGACCUCGUCGAUGGCGAGGAUGAUAGUUCUGAGGCUGAUUUUGCUCAACUUGAUGACGAUGUUGAAUUCGUUCCCGAUCAUGACAAUACACUUGCGGCCGCCGACGGGACCGAGGACUCCGCAGUCUCCGCCACUGAUCUUGUUGAUGGACUGGAACAAAAGAAGAAGGAGCCUUUCGCAGUGCCUACUGCUGGAGCCUUUUAUAUGCAUGAUGACAGAUUUCAGGAAUUGGAUGCCGCCUCUAACAGGCGAAUGCGUGGUGGCAGGAGGCUCUGGCAAUCUAGAGAUGAAAGUAAGUGGGGACAUGACAAAUACGAGGAACUCAAUACACAGGAAAAGCAAUUUGAUCGGAGGACUUCGAGAGGCCGAGUCAGAGGUCGUGGUCAGGGUAGGGGUCAGGAGCGUGGAUAUUCUCGAGGGACCAAUUCUAAACCAUUUACUGGCACUGGCAAUGGACACCAAAACCAGUUUCCUAAGGCUGUCACUAGGGGGAGAGGGCCCAGAAGAUAUGAGGUUGCAUUGAAAAAUGGCAAUCAAGCACCUUCUGUGGAAACCAAACAGUCCCAAAAUUCUUUUGUGAAAGUGUCGCAUGCCAAUUCAGGGCGUCCACCAACAGAAACACCUAGCUUAGAGACUGAAGCCAUCCAAGCCAAAAAAAAUGUAUUAGCUUCAAGUUUAAAUUCAGCUUCUCCUCCAUUUUAUCCUUCAGGAUCUUCCAGUAACUUGGCACAAAAAGAUUUACAAAUUGGCAUUGGUGGACUGCACAUUAAUCAAAACCCUACUCCAUCUGGAAAGAAGUUUGGGAAUACUAAAUCCAGCUCUUCGUGGGUACGCACCGCUCAACCUUCUCAGACUACAAUUCAUGGUAGAGAGGCACCUCCUCCUGGGAAAGUGCUUUACCAGCAAUCUCCUAAUCAAGGUGACAAAGUUUCUUCGCUGAUGCACAUCCAGGGAAUGCCAAAAGGCAAUGACCAAAGCUAUACUCAACCUCCUGGUCAGGCUUUUGAUCAACACUCUGCUGUUAACAGUUUGCUGCCUUCUUCUCCACCGAAAACCGGCUCAUCAAAAAACCAGUAUAUUUCUGGUGGAAUAGAGUCAGCCGCAGAAACAGGUGCUUUGGUUGCCAAGGGAAAAGGGUCACUCCAGCCUAGUGGAAGAGGAUCUUUUAUGUAUGGAGGGACACAGUUUAUGGGGACUGUCGGGACCAUGGCAGCUGGUCAUGGCAAUUCAAAUUUUCCUGCAUUUCUGCCUGUUAUGCAAUUUGGUGGUCAGCACGGUGGGGUUCCUACCUUUGGAAUGGCUCUUCCAGGAUAUGUCCAACCAGAACAUGGUACCGGAAAUCCUGAGAUGACAUGGCUGCCAAUUUUGCCUGGCCCCGGAGCACUAGGAGGUUCGUAUUGUCCACCUUAUGCUGCCAUUGAUGGUUCUUACCAAGCACACAAACCGAUGUUACCUUCCUCUGCGGGAUCCUCCAGCCAAGAGAACAGUUCUAAUAACCCUAAUGAUGAAGAACCCAUGGAGAGACCUGAUACUCGGAGAUGAGCUUUAGCAAGUGAGAAGAGUGGAAAGGAAGUUCCUCUUGUUUGAAUAAGUGGAAAAAGGAGGUGAGAGAGAAAGCUCCUUUGUUGCAGGCCCCUGGUGCUUCUCCAAGCCGCUUUACGGAGCACUUUGGGCUGCUAUUGUUGCCUUAUUUUUUUUAUUAAAUUAGGAGGGUUGUUGUGCAAAGAGUUUCUGUGAUGGCUUGAGCUGUGGGCUUUUCUUUCCAUCUGUAAUUUAUUCUUUUUUGUCCUCCGUUGGUUCCUUUUUUUUCUUUUUUCUUAUAAAAGAUAUUUGUAAUGUUGUUGAGGCCAUCGUUAAUGGGAGAACACCAAGGAUGUUCUUAGCCCAAAAAAAUUAUAAAAAUAAUGAAUAGUGGCUUAGAACACUUUUUUUA